AUGGAUCAUGAUGCUAGUGUGGUAUGGGUCCACCAACUUAUCAAUCAGAAUUCUCACUCAUGGAACUAUGAAAGGCUUCAACAAAACUUCCAUGAAGAGGAAAUCAAGUGUAUUUCAGCAAUUCCUGUGGGGCUGUUUCGACAAAAAGACCAACUUAUAUGGCACUAUGAUAAAAGGGGUAAAUACACUGUCAAAUCUGGAUAUUAUAUAGUGAGAGAGAUCCAAAAAUCCCAGCAUUCCUUGUCCCUCUCAGUAGCAAGUCCAAGUUCCAAUAGCAGGUUGGAGGAGCUAUGGAAACACAUAUGGAAGAUUAAAUUACCAUCUAAGUUAUCCAUUUUCCUAUGGAUGAUGCUAAUGGACAAGCUACCAACUAAUGACACUCUACAUAAGAGAUUGCCGCAUUUUGAUCCUUGCUGUCCUUUUUGUGGGGAGAUGGAAACUAGUAAACAUUUGUUCUUCUCUUGUCCUCACGCUGUAGCAAUAUGGAUUAAUUCCCCACUCAGGCUAAGAUCUGUCUUUCUUCAUAGUGUGGAUGUUAAGGAUUGUUGGACUGAAUUAUUAAUACCUCUUCGGAAUCAUGAAGAUCACCAGCAGCUUAUACAACUCUUGGUUUUCAUAUUGUGGCAUGUUUGGAAGAGCAGAAAUGAAAAGAUUUUCAGAAAUGUUAUCAUAUCUCCACAGGACAUUAUAGCAGCAACACUUAAGCAUUUUGAGGAUUUCUCCUUGGCAAAUGACUCUAUUUCAAAGCAGUCAGAACUGAAUCAUUCUACUCUAGCUUUGACCCCUCCACCGGUGAAUGUUAUUAAGCUCAAUUUUGAUGCUGCAGUGGAUAGAAAUAGAAGGAGAGGAGCAAUUGCAGUUGUAGCUAGAAAUUUGGAAGGGAAGCCGUUAGAUUGGUGCUGCAAAGUGUAUGAAUCUAUUGUUGAUCCGCUAGUCCUGGAGAGCCUAGCAUGUAGAGAUGCUGUCACCCUUGCCCUAAAUAGAGGCUUCUGUGCAGUUAGAGUAGAAGGAGAUUCUCUUAUGGUUAUACAGGCCAUUCUCUCUCAAUCUGCACCUUUAGACAUUAAAGGGUCAUCUUCGAUAUCAAGCUUUUAG